CAGGUAUGUCGUCUUCUAGCUCGUGCUGCCCCUCCUAUCAGCCUUCUACGUUGCUCACCGAAGCCACAGAACUGGCUGCCGCAAAACACACUCGUAUACGUGUAUACAUUUUCUAGCCGCAUGCGUGGAUGGCACUUCUGACACCUGUCCAGUCGUUCUCUCUGUCCACGGCCUGCCCACUAUCCCACCCAUCCACACCUUAGACUCUGCCAGAUGCCCGGUUCACACUUCACCAUACAUCUCUCUCAUUCAACCAUAGUCUUCUCUCUGCCGCUCCUCAUCCGCUGUCUCACAACAUCGCCCUACACACCCUUACACAACCACUACAUCAAUCCAGCCCUCCACCGGACGCAGCGUCUAGACCCUCUUCGGAGCGACGAAACGACACAGACGCAGUGUCGUCUUUCGGCUCCGCUGACCUGGAUCGCGGUCGGAUGCGGGUGUAGAUGAGGCCUGCUCACCCCGCUCACUACUCGGCAGACUACAUCAUGCUGUGUAACGAUGCUGAAACGAUGGUUAUGUAGGCAAUUUUUUUUGCACCUUCGGGGAAGGUGUGCGUGGGUUUGUGGGUGCCGAGCGGAUGGGGAGUGAACGUGGGUCAUGG